UUGUCAAAGCAGAAUUAUAAUUCACCACAGCAAAAGGGGUCUUGCAAAGCAGUACUGGUGACAGGGAACGAAGGAGGCAUCUCAGCCUAUGGGCUGGUUCCAAUGAUUGAUUGUAUAUCUGUGUCUACAUCUGUCAGUGUUAACCCGCAGUGACAGCAGAAACGCCCCCUCUCUAUUCCUGCUACCAUUACAUACAUCAGUGAACCCGUGGCACUGGGAUGAAGCGCCUAGCCAGUGAGAAUGACACCACUGCUGAAAUCACACUCAGCGCUGACACAGACGAGGUUUUCAUUGACGAUGAAGAGCUGGGCGAUUCCUGCUCCUCCCUGGGGCAGUCCGCAGUGGCCAAGGGCAUCACUAAACGUCAGAAGAGGGCAGCUCAUCAGUAUCACUUCCGUGAGAAUGAUGGCUCGAAAACCAAGGUGCCCAUGGACUCCUUUUACCCAAAAGGUGUUCAAAUGUCACAGAAAACAACUGUCCGAUCACACCAGAAGAUGGAAAAGAGCCAGUCCCUGGAUUUGGACAAGGGCAAAGAGUGGAAUUCAGUGCCCGGUCUGUACGACCGACAUUGGCUGUUCGAAGUGGUGUCCAAAGGUGACGCGUCAGCAUUUGAUGGAUUCCUACAGUACCUGAUCCAAAACAACAAACGUCUUACUGACUGGGAAUUCAGAGACCCAGAGACGGGGAAGACUGCAUUGCUGAAGGCGCUGCUGAAUUUAAGUAACAACCGGAAUGACACCGUCCCCAUUCUACUGGAAAUCGCAGAGAAGACGGACAACCUGGAGGAAUUCAUCAAUGCUGCCUACAUGGACAGUUACUAUAAGGGUCAGACAGCCUUACACAUUGCCAUCGAGCGGCGCUGCCUACAUUUUGUGGCACUCCUGAUCCGGAAUGGAGCCAAAGUUGACACCAAGGCCAACGGCUUGUUCUUCAAGGCCAAGGAGGGCCAGACAGGAUUCUACUUUGGGGAACUGCCCCUCUCGCUGGCUGCCUGCACCAACCAGCUGGAGGUGGUCAACCACCUCCUGGAAAACCCUUACCACAAGGCCGACAUCGGCGCCGUAGACUCCAGGGGCAACAACGUGCUGCACGCUCUGGUGUCCAUCUCUGACAAUAGCCGGGAGAACACCAAGUUCGUCAUCGAGAUGUACGACCACCUUCUCAGGAUGGGCGUGAAGCUCAGACCUCAGCUCAGCCUGGAAAGUAUGACGAAUAAGAAGGGGCUGACACCCAUCAAGCUGGCCGCCAAGACCGGGAAGAUUGAGAUCCUCAAGCACAUCAUUGGGAGAGAGAUGCGGGAGGAGCAAUGCCGACACCUGUCCAGGAAGUUCCAGGAGUGGGCGUACGGACCAGUACACUCCUCGCUGUACGACCUUUCCUCCCUCGACACACACGAGAACAACUCGGUGCUGGAGAUCAUUGUGUAUGGCAGUGGAACGCCGAACCGACAUGAGAUGCUGCUCCUUGAGCCCCUGAACCACCUGCUUCAGGAAAAGUGGAACAGCUUUGCCAGGUUCAUCUUUUACUUCAAGUUCAUCCUGUAUAUGGCCUAUAUGGUCAUCUUCACUGCAACAGCCUACAACAGGAUCGAGGACAAGCAGCGAAAGCCUCCCUUUGAGAUUGAGCACAACGUCCAUGGAUACCUGCGUCUGAGUGGACAGUGUGUGAUGAUACUUGGAGCCCUCUACCUCUUCUACCAGGGGAUUUGUGAGGUGUUUCUACGGAGGAGAAGGACUCCCAAGUCAAUAACUAUCGAUGGCUACUGUGAUAUUCUCUUCCUCAUCCAGUCUGUGCUUCUGCUGGCUGCGGGUGCGCUGUACACAUUUGGCUGGGAGGAGUAUGUGGGCUCCUUGGUGAUUUCCCUGGCAAUCGGCUGGAUCAAUACACUGUACUACACUCGAGGCUUCCAGCAAAUGGGCAUCUACAGUGUGAUGAUUGAAAAGAUCUUCCUGACGGAUCUGAUGAGCUUCCUUCUUGUCUACGUCGUGUUUCUCUUUGGAUUUGGAGCAGCUUUAGUGGUGUUGAUCGAGGACGGAGCGUACAAUACCACCAAGCCCGGCUGCCGAAAGGACACCACCUACAAGAACUUUGAGACAACUUCCUUGGAGCUGUUCCGAUUCACCAUCGGAAUGGGGGACCUGGAAUUCACAGAGAACUACAAGUUCAAGAAGGUGUUCAUCUUCCUGUUGUUAUCAUACAUCACCCUUACCUACAUCCUCAUGCUCAACAUGCUCAUCGCCCGGAUGAGCAAAACUGUGGAAAUGAUUUCCAAGGACAGUAAAAGUAUCUGGAAACUUCAGAGAGCCAUCACUAUCCUAGAUCUGGAGAAAAGUCUGCCACGAUGCCUGCGGGCACGGUUCCAAUCAGGGGAGCUUGUGGUUGUCGGGGCUACCCUGGAUGGACAGGAGGAUCAGAGAUGGUGUUUCAGGGUGGACGAGGUAAACUGGAACAGGUGGAACACUGACCUUGGGCUCAUCAAUGAAGAACCAGGAAUCUCUGAGGUGUUGAGGUCAAACUCAACCAUCAGAGGGAGGAAUCCUCAUGGAGCACGGAGUUGGCGGACCAUGCUGCCCCUUCUGAAGGAAGUUAAAUCUGGCAAGGAGGAAGAGGAGGUGUGCGAGUUACGAACUGAACUGGCAAGACGGCCCCACAGACGCCCGCUUACUGCCACUGCCAAGAUCAUUUGAGGUCAGGAUCAGGCAUUUACAGGAAAAAAGUAAAGAACUACAGUAGAAUUCAUCAGGAACUCGACACAAACAGAUAAAGAUUGAGAAUGAACCUAUAUGCAAAAGAAGACAACCUGUGCAAAUAUAAAAUAAUACCGACACCACUAUUACCGGUUUCUCCAACAUUCCAGAAGUAUCCUGGUCCCUGCCCAUGGAAAGCCAGAGGAAGACAAUAUCGGAACUGCCAGGGUGACUCAGUCUGUGACCGAGUUAGUUUGUUAGUUUGUGACUUGUAAAUAAAAUAACAGAGUCAGGAAGAGAAUGGUAUUGGAGAUCUUUCAUUCUCCAACUGGCUGAGAAGGCAGGGACUCCUGAUGAAGGGUCUCUCCCCAGAAUGUCGACCCUUUAUUCCCCUCCUGUUAAUAAGUAAAUUUAUUAGUGAAGUAUAUAUAUGUCCAGAGAUUCAUUUUCUUCUGGGCAUUCACAGUAAGUACAAAGAAACGCAAUAGAGACAAUGAAAAACGGCACACGAUAAGAUGGAAGGAAAGCAGAUGUGCAAAAGACAACAAACUGCAAACACAGAAAGAAAAGAAAUCAAACAUAAUAAUAAUAAUAAAUAGAUAUUGAGAACAUGAGGUGAAGAGACCUUGAAAGAAGUCCAUUGGUUGUGGAAACAGUUCAGUAAUGGGGCAAGUGAAGUUAUUCCCUUUGUUUCAUGGUUGAGGGGUAAUAACUGUUCCUAAACCUGCUGGUGUGGGACCUGAGGCUGCUGAUGAAAAGAGCAUAGCCUGGAUGGUGGGGGUCCCUGAUGAUGGAUGCUGCUUUCCCGUGACAGCGCUCCAUGUAGAUGAGUUCAAUGGUGGGGAAGAAGAGGUUGGUACCAAAGGAAAACAGAAUAUAGACAUCACAGUAAUGUAGCGGUUAUCAUGACACAAUUACAACUUGGGCCUUUCCAGAGUUCAGAGUUCAAUUAUACCAUCAUCUGUAAGGAGUUUGUACAUUCUCCCUGUGAACCAUAUAAGUUUCCUCCCACAGUCCAAAGACGCACCAGUUGGUAGGCUAACUGGUCAUGAAAAAUUGUCCUACAGUUAAAUAGCUGGGUUCCUGGGUGGUGCGACCCGUAGGGCUGGAAGGACCUGUUCUGCUCUGGAUCUCUAAAUAAAAUCAAAUAAAAUGUGUACACAAUG